AUGUCUCACUGCCAUGAUGAACAUUCUGGCCACGGCCACGACCACGACCAUGAGCAUGAUCACUCCGACGAUAUCACACCAGCAGUACAGUUCUCACUCUACAGUCAAAUCAACUUUGAUCAUAUUGUCACUCUGAAUGAAGCCCAGCGAGAUGCUGGUCAGAAAAUCGUCAAGAAGACGUGGCAAGAAAGACUCAGCGUUGAGCCUGAGCUUGAGAGUGACGUUGAUGAACAACUUCUCAUGACAGUGCCAUUCACGGCCCAGAUCAAGCUUCACUCCAUCCUCAUCCGCACAUCUCCCUCAGCCUCGGCCCCCAAAACCCUCCAUCUCUUCAUCAACCGAGAUGAUCUCGACUUUGCAGCCGCCGAGGAGUCAGACCCUAUUCAGACUCUCGAACUCUCCCAGACAAGUGAUCUACAAGAAAUUCCAGUGAAGAGAGCCCUGUUUGGAAAGGUGCAGCGGCUGGUGCUCUUCUUUGCGGACAACUUUGGCGAUGGCGAUGAGGAUGUUACCCGUAUCUCGUACAUUGGUUUCAAAGGCGAAUGGACUCAACUUGGACGAGCGCCUACAAACAUCAUCUACGAGGCUGCUGCGAACCCGGGAGAUCAUAAACUCAAGGCCGGGAAUUUUCCGGGUGCCGCAAAAGCUCUCCAGUAUCUCAACCUCACCCAAAAUCUUUCACCACUAUCAACCAUCGUCCUCAAUAUCCCACCCACGGCGGCCCAAUUGCUCUCCUCGACAGCGUCACCCGCCGCCGUCGACACGCCGCCUUUCACAAAAAUGCCUCCCCGUCUACCAAUUCGCCUGGCCCUCCCACGGCCCUGCGCCGUCGCCGCCCGGCCUCUCCUCCUCCCGCUCACAGCUACCCGCGGUGUCAAGUAUGGAUGGACCACGGCUCCUCCUCGCAGCAAGCACAAGCGAUUCAACCAGCCUUCUUCCGGUCUCCCUGCGCUCACGAGCGGUCCUGCUGCUGCGCUGAAGCGUCGGGAGAAUACUACGCCUCUGCGCUCGGGUGUCCUUGCUACCAAGAAGGGCAUGACUAGUGUGUUUGUUGGAAAGACCCGUGUGCCUUGUACUGUGCUGCAACUCGACCAGGUCCAGGUUGUUGCCAACAAGACUCGACAGAAGAACGGUUACUGGGCUGUGCAGAUUGGUGCGGGCUCGCGUGAUGGUCGAAACGUCACAAGCCCAUUGUUGGGUUACUACGAGGCCAAGGGCAUUGCACCCAAGGCGGAGCUCGCCGAGUUCAAGGUCCGAAACGAGUCUGGUCUUCUUCCCGUUGGUGUUCAGAUUCUUCCCGAUUGGUUUAAGAAGGGCCAGUACGUCGAUGUCAAGGGCCGAUCGCGGGGUAUGGGUUUCGCUGGUGGUAUGAAGCGCCACGGCUUCUCCGGUCAGGAAGCUUCGCACGGUAACUCCAAGAACCACCGAACAAUCGGUACCACAGGUCCUUCGCAGGGCAGCGGUAGUCGUGUUAUGCCCGGCAAGAAGAUGCCUGGUCGUAUGGGUAACGAAUUCGUCACAGUGCAGAACCUCAAGGUCAUGAUGGUGGAUAAUGACUUGGGUAUUGUGCUAGUCGGUGGACCUAUUGCCGGUCCCAAGGGUCGUGUUGUUCGUCUUCAAGACGCCAAGAAGCGAAAGGCUCCUCCCCAACCUCAUCGCGAAGCUGCUUUGGCUACUCUAUUGGAGCGCAACCCCGAUCAUGAGGCUAAGCUCCAAGCAGCACGGGAAAGGCAUCUUCAGCUAAAGAAUGAGAGAGAAGCGGCGCAGCUUCAAGACUAA